AUGUACGAAGGCAAUAAAAAGACUCGAGACGAUCAUCGACGACAAAGAGGUCUUUCCCCAAGACGAACUGCUAGCAACAACAACAAUCACAACGGCAGUUCUUCCUCAUUGACUGGAUUGAACGCCAUCAAUAGUCGUCUGAUUCACCGCGCAUCGGCACGAUCCUCCACAACUUCCUCUUCUUCCUCCAACGCUGAUUUGUUGGACGACGCCAGUAAUCAAAGUCACGGUAACAGCAGUAGUAGUCGAUUAGGAAGUAUUGGAGUGGGAAGAGCCACCAGCAUGUCGUCUCCAUUUGGCAGUCGCGAUCCGACGGCCAAUAGUCGCCGCAGUCAUAUUCGUCGCAGUCAAUCAGGCACCCGAUCAACUGGUGCACGCUGCGUUUGCCGUGUUGCUACUCUUGGCAGUAUACAGUUUCCACAAAAAUGCGACGCAAUCUUACUUGGUUAUCCCGUGUACCACCACCAUCCUCUAAAUAAUCAUAGAUGGUGA